AUGGCAUUUACCACUGGAAACAUCGCACUUUACGCCUUCCUUUGUGUUCUGAGUGCGGUAACCGUCAUUGGAAACGUUAUUUCCAUUGUCUACUUCUCCAAGAAAUUGAACCUCAACGGAUCCGGCGAUGUUUUCAUGCUCAGUUUGGCAGUCGCAGACUUGUUGGUGGGUCUGGUCUCCAUGCCGUUGACCAUAGCUGAAGAGGUGCUCGGUGGCUCUUUUCCUUUGGGAAUAGAAGUGUGUAAAGCUUGGCUGCUGGUGGACUAUACCGUCUGUUCAGCGUCGGCCUUCUCAGUCGUCCUCAUAAGUCACGACCGGUACCUACAGAUUGUAAAACCGCACGAGCAUCGCAUCGUUACCGCUCGGAAGAGGCUCUGGUCCCUGGUCGCCGCGUGGAUUCUCGCUUUUCUCGUGUACGGGCCCGCCAUUCUGGCCUGGGACGUCGCCCCCGACAUUUGCGAGGCUCGCUACCAGUACCAAAGCAAGGAGUACACGUUCGUGAUGGCCGUUGUCGAGUUCUUCGUGCCGUUCUCCGUCAUGACGUUCCUGUACGUGCAAGUUUACCGGCACGCGAUCGCCUGGCGUCGCCGGCGCACACUGCGUCCAACCUCGUCGAUCCCUGCGUCGCGACAUCGUAGGUCUCAUCAAAUCAUCCGCAAGUUUAAUCGCCGUCUGACAAUCAACUUAUCUGUUCUGCUUUUCGCUUAUGUUGUAUGUUGGGUGCCAUACAUAGCUUCAACGAUUGCUAUGACAGUUUGCUCUUCCUGUGACGACUCGGAAGUUCCCGUUGUGGUAGACUGGCUGCUUUGGAGCAAUUCCACCAUCAAUCCGUUUCUGUACGCGUUCUGUUCCCUUCGGCAGAGGCCGAGCGCAGCCGAUUGGUUGCCGAAAUGUUGCCGAAGACACGACGAAGAUUCACGAGUGCGACGACGAUCGCAAGCCGAGCCGCAAGCUGUUCGAUCGUCCGGAAAUGUACGAAGCUGUUCUACCAUGUCAUACGGGAAAGGCUUUCCUGCCAGGAUGAUGCGGCACUUCUUGGUGCUGUGCCUUUUCUCUGUCGCCACGUUCCUGAUCAUAUCCCUGGAUCAUAAUAGCGUGAACAGGAGUGUCCAGAAUCAAGAUUUGGCGGGAAAACAUCGACCUAGUUUUGUCAAGAACAAGGGGAUAUACGAGCGACAAAUGGAGGAAAGAGGCGAACGGUUUGCGAGGGGAAUAAAACUAUUACAAGAAGAAGAACAGUCUCGGUGGGAAUAUCAAGUAGGAAGGAGCCUGAAAAAGGCGGGAUCACGAAAUCCAGAGUCCAAAACCGAGAGAAACCGAAGGUACACAAGUGCUGUGUUUGAUUUGGAUGUCCUGGAUGAUCCUUUUAGUGAUAAGCCGAGCUGUCCAGACGACAAGGAAGUUCUGUUGCUUAUUUUGGUCACCAGUGCGCCGGGCAAUUUCGACCGGAGAAAAGCCAUUCGCGCCACUUGGGGCAAUAGAACCGCCGGAGACUCUUGGAGAAAAUACGGAGACAAACCGGCAACAUGGAAAACUGUUUUUCUGUUGGGAAAAACGCCAGAAAACCCCUCCCUAAAUUUCUUUCUCGAGAAGGAAGCACGCGAGAAUGGUGACAUGCUAUUCGGUGAUUACAUCGACUCUUACCGCAACUUGACAUUAAAAGUUCUUCACGGACUAAAGUGGGCAAGAGACGAAUGCGAGCCAGAAUUCCUCCUCAAAACCGACGACGAUUGCUUCGUCAACACUCCCUUGUUCCUGAAAUUGUUGCAAGAACACAGACCACACAAGACAGACUUCUACACUGGAAGUGUCUUCCAAGGAUCAAAACUGACCGUCAUACGUGACCCACGUAGCAAGUGGCAUGUGAGUGAAGGUGACCAUCUCUCAAACUCAUACGCGCCCUACGCGAGCGGCAUAGGUUACAUGCUAUCCAGACAAGCUUUGGAGAAGAUUUUGGAUGUGGUAAAAUUGGUUCCCCCGUUUCCGAUAGAAGAUGCCUACAUAGGAACGUUGGCAAACAGGGUGGGGAUAGCUCCUCUGGAUAAACAUACCCGUGACCAUGCAGAAAGUACGGGACGCCCCGUUUCAGUGCAGGGGGAGUAAGGUGCACGGGACAUGGGGCUGAACAUGACCGGGGGUCGACCGUUUUCGCAGAGGGGGAAGGACAAGUGUGAAAAGUGAGUUGCAGAAAAAAAUGGACAAGAAAGAUAUUUAUUCAGCAUAAGAAAAUGUGUUAUAGAGUUUAUUGUGAAGAAGGUUUCUUUGUGUUGAGCACGAUGUAAAAUGAACAGUCCCUGAAAUAUGAUAUUUAU